ACGGCCGGAAGCAGCUCGCGCGGGCGCAGCUGGGGCGACGGGCGGAGCGCGGCUCUGGACGGUGGACGGUGGAGCUGUGGGGCUACUGAGCGGUGGGCGCUGCUCGAGCGCCUCUGGAGGGCGGCCGGGACCCCUGCGGGCCGGGAAGGGCCGUUCCUCCUCUCGGCCAUUCCUCCUGCUCAGUCCGAGCCGAGCGCCGGCACCAUGUCGGCCUACCCCAAAAGCUACAACCCGUUCGACGACGACGCGGAGGAUGAAGGCGCCCCGCCGGUCCCGUGGAAGGACUCCCGCGACCUCCCCGACGGGCCUGGCGCGCCCGCGGACCGGCAGCAGUACCUGCGGCAGGAGGUGAUGCGCAGGGCCGAGGCCACGGCCGCCAGCACUAGCAGGUCCCUGUCUCUCAUGUACGAGUCCGAGAGGAUCGGGGUCGCCUCUUCCGAGGAGCUCGUCCGUCAGCGUGGAGUCUUAGAACGCACAGAGAAGAUGGUGGACAAGAUGGAUCAAGAUUUGAAGACCAGCCAGAGGCAUAUUAACAGCAUUAAGAGUGUGUUUGGGGGGCUCGUCAAUUACUUCAAAUCCAAACCAGCAGAGACCCCACCUGAGCAGAAUGGUACCCUCGCCCCCCAGCCCAACAGCAGAUUGAAAGAAGCCAUAAGUACAAGUAAAGAACAGGAGGCACAGUACCAGGCCAACCACCCAAACCUCAGGAAGCUGAAUGACUCAGACUCCGUCCCUGGAGGGGCCAGUUCUGCUGUGAGUACUGAGGCUUACCCAAAGAAUGCACACCUUCGAGCCUAUCACCAGAAGAUCGACAACAAUCUAGAUGAGCUGUCCUUAGGACUGGGCCGGCUGAAGGACAUAGCCCUGGGGAUGCAGACGGAAAUUGAGGAGCAAGAUGACAUUCUUGACCGCCUCACAACCAAAGUGGACAAGUUAGAUGUCAAUAUAAAAAGCACAGAAAGAAAAGUUCGACAACUUUAAAGACACAGAAUGAUUUUCACUCCAUUGUGAUGAAAAGAUUUGAACGAUCCUCUUUUAAACUCCCAAGAAAUUUCAUGUAUUAUUUUAGUAUGUAAUUUAACAUGUGUUUGCAAAUGUUAUAAUAGAGUGAGUCUUAAGAGAUUUUGUUGUGAUGAGGAAGUUGUGUCUUACUUUUUCUUAGAGCCAACACCUCUGUCAGUUCUGAACUGAGUUCGCAGAGUUUUAAUCUGAGCACAGUAGCCUGGCCCUGAAUAUCCUGGGCCUUUGAUUACCAUGCUGGAAUGAGAAGGAAGAGUUGCAUUUCCCACUUUAAUGAGCAUAUGGAAAGAUAUGAGCCGAAUUUAAGUCUUGGAACCACCAACCUCUGUUCCCCUGUCUGCUAUAUUUCUCAUUCCUAGGCCUUACCGUGAGUCAGUACUAAGGGACUGUGUGAGCCGGUUGUUUGUGGGAGGAGGGUCCUUCCCACAUCUUUGUUUAGCAGUCAUCAUCUGCUGUGCGCCCCGCCUCCCCCUCACCGCACACACAACCUGAGCUCAUUGUGAUUCUCAGAACCUCCUGGAAAAGGAUCAGCGUGAGAUUUAGGGAUGGAGUGUGUCGACAUUCUUUGCUAUUUUGUUGACAGAUGUCACCUCUUCCCCUCCUGCCCUCUGGCUCUGGCACGUAUUUUAGUAGGAGGAGUUUAGACCAGCACUGCUCACUGUGCUGCUUGGAAAUGUGUAGGGAACUGGGUGAGCCCUUCUUCCUCGUGCCCUCUCCUCUCUAACUCUGUCCAUGGUUAGGAACAGCUUCUCCACUGGCUCGAGGCUGCCUGGCUGGCUGCCCAGGGGCCCUGUUGAGUUUGUGGGAUGGAGCAUCACACAGACUGUGGCCAAGGGGUGGUCUUCCUCCACUGAGCUCUGCACCCCUGUGGGGAUCACAGUCACCAGGCCUUGGGUAUGACAGUGUUUCUUCAGUGCCUGGGGUCUCCAGACCUGUCCUGGAUUCCCACCUACUCUUCUUACACUUCUUGCAAAAUGAUGACGCAUCACUUGGUUCUCUGCCACCUAGUUUUAGGACUGGCACUCCACAAAUGAUGCUGACUUUGUAUGGAAGGAUUUAGCUGAAAAAAAGCCCAGACAUUAUCACUAUAACUAGCCCAGCUGGUUCUUUUCUUUCAUUUUAUAAAAAGAAUCAUUUAAAAGCAUUAAUUAAAAUUUAUUUCUAUAAUUAAAUUUGUGUUGGUAUCGCCAACAAAAUAAUUGAAGCCCCAAGGCUCUUGUCUUUUUUAAAAGCAAAUUAAAAUAUUUUGAAGAUGGUGUCUUUAAAAAGAGAGGUUAGAUCAGACACUAAAAUAACAGUGCCUUUCACCUUGAGGCAUGGCACUGGCUAUGUGACCUUCACCACCUAUAUUCUAUAGCCUAUCAGCAAAGCAAAGGAAACCUCUCUUUUUAAAGUGCUACAGCAAUGCAUCAAUAUUUAUGUAGCAAUUCCAUCCCGUAAUGCAUGACUGUCCUGAAAACACUGACAGCCACCAUUGGCAGACACAACUUUCCAUCCUGUUCCAGCCACCUCAGAGAGUCUGAGCCAUGUCACCAUGAAUAUCCCAGGACGUGAGGACACGUUAAAGGUAAUCAAAUUAGAUGUUUACCAGAUGAGCUCAUCAUGAUUAUUCUCUUGGUAACUGGUAAAAGGAAAAAUUUUAAGUGUAUACCCAGCCCAAACUAAACGAAUUCACAGGGCUUUCAGCAGAAAGGCAGCUCAAAAGCACGAAGCCAGAGUGCGGAGCAGCUGUGUGUGCAUUUCCGCUCAUUCUAGUUGUUUCCAUUUUUUUCUCCUAACACCUUCUUUCAUGCUUCUGUUUAUCAUCAUCAGGUAUAGAGUCAUGGAGAUGAGUCAUUAUACCUCAGACCUAAACUUAUUUUUUCGCAUAAAUACAUGUGAAGGCCACUGCCAGACAGUCGCUUGGCGGCCUGCCAUCUGCAUAACAGGAUUAGUAAUUUAACCGACUUGAAGCAAAGUAGCACCUUAUUUUAUGUACCUGCCCGGUCUUUUGUUGGAUUUGUGAAGCCAGUCACCCCUCUUUCCCCUCAAGCGUAUGGAAGGAGAAAUUUGUCUUCCUCUGACGCAUUAGUGGGCCCCAUGCAUGUUGUUCUGUUCCUGUUCAGACCCUCUUAUUCUAAGGCCUUGGCCGAGGUACUGUCACUAAGCAGUGUGCUGGCCAGCAGCUUCUUUCCGCUGGGUCUUCACCCCUGCUGCCAUGCCCACCAAGGACCAGCUGCUAAUGCUACUUUAUAAAGCAAGGUUGCUUGCAUUUGCAGAAAAUGAAGACCUGAGGAGCGUCCAGAAUCUUUGCACAUGAUAAUUAUGACCAAAAAGAAAACACUCUACCCUCUAGACUUGUCACUCAGAGGUGCCUGGGCUGGGGUUGGCUGUAGGAUGGGCUUUGGUAUGACAGACAAGACCAGUGAACUUGUCCUUGCCAGAUGGGGUCCCUAAAACAGAUUUUUAUUUCCGCAAUCAAGCUGGAAACAAGCUGUGCCUUCAAAAAAGUGGCUUUUCUAACUUUAGUUUUAUGUUAAGUAUGCUACUAACUUAAAAAUAAGUGCAUUCUCCUCAGAGGAAACUAUUUCUAACAUCUGGUGAUGUGUAACUCAGCAGUGAGUUGCCUGUGGCUGUCUUUUUUUGUAUUCUGUAGGAAAGGAGACCUGAAUUUAACUCAGGUGGCAAGAAAAAAAAUACUAAGUGCUUUUUAAUUUCUCUGACUUCUUUUUGUGAAUAUGUAAUUUUAAGUGUACACUACACCAACUUAGUAAAACUCUUAUAUUUUGCCUAUAUAGGCCUUUUCUGCAGAAUUUUUAAAGUUACCAAUGUCUUUAAGCAUCUUCAGCUCUGAUCAAUGAAAUGUCUUGCGUAUGGAAUGAUGAGCUAGUCAUUGGAAGUGCUCAUGGGAGGGGGCUUUUUGUUCAGUCUGUAUCAGAACAGCGUUUGUGCUCCAUGCCUUCAACUCAACAAAUGACCAUAAUCCAUAAAAUAAAAUGUGAAGUUUUUAAAUCA